AGAUGACGAGGAAAUCUUAUUUUAAUGGAGUUGUGUGUGAAUGUAGCAAAUAGAGAUCCAGUGUGGAUUGUUCGGAGACUGCAAGGCAGAAAACUCUUGGUCACCGUGUCAACCACCACAACUCCACAGAGAUGCUAAACUCCCUGCGUUUUCAACCUUCAAACCACCCACCCGUUUCUCUAACCUCCACCAUCAACAACACUCUCUCACUACAACAACCUAACCUCUCCUUCACUAAACCCACCGCACUUCCCAAACUCAUCUCUUCUUUCUCCUCCCACUCACCUCAACCGCCACAUUACAUCUCCACCGUCGGAUCUUCGUCGCUCAACCCCUCCCACUGGAAACUCACCCAGCGCCACCUCACCCUCCUCCAAGCCUUCGCUCUCGUGACGGCGAUAUUUACAACGUGGCUUUUUGGUUAUGCAAUUCCCACGAUUCUGGCUUUCAAGAAAGCGGCAGAAUCACUUGAGAAGGUUAUGGAUACAGCAAGAGAGGAACUUCCUGAUACCAUGACUGCAGUUAAAUUAUCCGCCAUGGAAAUCAGUGACUUAACCACCGAGCUCACUGAUUUUGGACAAGAGAUUACCCAAGGUGUUAGAAGCUCCACUCGCGCGGUUCGCUCGGUGGAGCAGGGGCUUCGCGGUUUGACCACUAUGCCUUCUUCUUCAGCUUCUUUGCAGGGAAUGGAAUACAGCCCCUAUACUGAGCCUGAUUCGGGUGCACUUUUGGUGGGAAGAACCGCAAGGGACAUGAAAGAGGGUAUUAUUAAGGGUCGUUCUAUGUUGAAGAUGUUUUUCUCCCUUGCCAAAUUUUCAAGUUUUGCUCUCAACUUUAUCACUAGACGUGGAAAAAGGUAGAGGCCAGAGAAGUUGCAUGAUUUCUUCAAUGUGAGCCCUGAGCAGCACCAAGGUUCUCUUCUCUAUUGUUAUAUGAGCUUCUGUUUUUUGGUUGUGUACUUUUGACAUUUUUGUCUUAUUACAUAUUGCAAUAGAGAUGUUUCCCUUUAAUUGAAGGCUCGAGGCAAUAGGGUAGUAUUAUCAAUAAUGUGUAUAGAAACCUAAUAGGAAGAACAGAUUUAGUGCAUUUCGUACUCUACAUAAACCUUAAUACUAGGAUUUGGUGUUUCAAACUCUUGUGGAAUUCACUUGCGAACCUGUUUAUUCCUUUAGAUAAAACCAGAUACGAGUUGUGCUGAUUA